AACUUUUCCUUUUCUUUUUCUUUGUUUUGUUGUUUUUCAUGGAUAAACUCAACAGAUACCCAUCUGGUCCAUGACCCAUUCUUCCUCGCUUCCAAGUCUUUUUAUUAUUAUAGUUAAAGCAUAAGGAGUGGCCUGGGGCGAGGAGGGCGGUUGAUCUUGGGAAAUUACCGCCCGUGGUUUCCUGGGCAGCCCACAAAACCACUUUCCCUUCUACCACCUUCAAGAACUGAUCCGGUUAGGGUUAGGGUUUGAUUUUGAUAGGAAUCCUUCAAGAACCGGGAAAUCCCACUUUUUGGCAACUCUCUUUCUCGAAUCGGAAUUCUUGGGUCUUUGUCUAUAAUUCAUCUGUUUUUGGCAAACAGAAGAUAUGGGCUCCUCAAGAAUUUGAUUGAUGGGGACAAAAUACAUAGAAGCUGAUGUUACAGAUGAUCCUGAUGUAAUACCUCCAGUUCCACCAGGUUUUACAUCACUUGCGUCAUUCACUUUGCAAAGGGUCCAGGAUGAUGUUAUGGUUUCGACAGGUGCUUCUGAUUCAAUAUUACAGAGGGAAACUGAUUGCAGCAUCUUGGGUGAUAAGAAGUUGAGGAAGUCACUUCGGCAUAAGCCAUGGGUGAACUACAGUCAGUAUGAUAAUAGCUCAGAAGAAGAAUCUGACGCUGAGCUGUAUGAACAGAAUGCGCCCGCAAUCUGCUGCUUACCAAAAGGGGUUAUUCGAGGAUGUGCUGAGUGUAGGAACUGUCAGAAGGUUACAGCAAGAUGGCGUCCACAAGAUGCAUGCAGACCUGUCCUUGAUGAAGCCCCCAUAUUUUAUCCAUCUGAAGAGGAAUUUGAAGAUACUCUGAAAUAUAUUGCAAGUAUAUGCCCAAGGGCGGAACCAUAUGGAAUUUGUCGUAUUGUUCCCCCUCCUUCUUGGAACCCCCCAUUCCUUCUCAAAGAGAAAGGCGUAUGGGAAAAUUCAAAAUUUGCAACUCGCAUCCAACAGGUGGAUAAGCUUCAAAAUCGUGACUCUAUGAAGAAAAUCUGCAGAAACCAUUGUAUUAUGGGGAGGAAAAGGCGAAAGCUUUCGAAAAUGGGGGGCACCAACAAUGAAAAUCUGAUGGAAGCUAAUCAACUUGGAUGUCUAAAUAGCAUUGAGAGGUUUGGGUUUCAACCUGGUCCGGAGUUCACCCUGGAAUCAUUUCAGAAGUAUGCAAAUGACUUCAAGGAUCAAUAUUUUUGCAAGGACAUGGAUUUUGAUUUGAGGUCUGGGAAUUGGGAACCAUCACUGGAGAAUAUUGAAGGUGAAUAUUGGCGGAUAGUUGAGAGGCCAAGUGAAGAGAUCGAGGUGCUCUAUGGUGCUGAUUUGGAUACUGGAGUUUUUGGCAGUGGUUUUGCCAAAGCAUCUUCUUCUAUGACAAAUUCUGAAUUCAAGGAUCGAUAUGAGAAGUCAGGUUGGAACUUAAACAACUUUCCUCGGCUUCCAGGUUCUGUGCUCUCCUUCGAAAGCGAGGACAUUUCUGGUGUUCUGGUUCCAUGGUUAUAUAUAGGAAUGUGCUUUUCAUCGUUUUGUUGGCAUGUUGAAGACCACCAUCUAUAUUCAUUAAAUUACCUGCACUGUGGUGCUCCAAAAAUGUGGUAUGGAGUGCCAGGAAAAGAUGCCCAAAAGUUGGAGGCAGCCAUGAAGAAACAUCUACCAGAUUUAUUUGAAGAACAACCGGACUUGCUUCACAAUCUUGUGACUCAAUUUUCUCCAUCAUUGUUAAGAUCAGAGGGAGUGCCUGUUUACCGCUGUGUUCAGCAUGCAGGAGAGUUUGUUAUCACUUUUCCUCGAGCAUAUCAUUCAGGUUUCAAUUGCGGAUUCAAUUGUGUGGAAGCUGUAAAUGUGGCUCCUAUUGACUGGCUGCCUUGUGGGCAGAAUGCUGUUGAGCUUUAUCGCGAGCAAGGACACAAAAUUUCGAUAUCCCAUGACAAAUUGCUACUGGGAGCUGCCAGGGAAGCAGUUAGAGCUCAGUGGAAUAUCUUAUUUCUGAGGAAGAACACAUUAGAUAGCAUAAGAUGGAAAGACGUCUGUGGAUUGGAUGGCAUCCUAGCAAAGGCACUAAAGGCACGUAUUGAGAUGGAACGUGUAAGGAGAGACUUCCUUUGCUGUUCUUCUCGGUCGAGAAAAAUGGACACUGGUUUUGAUGCUAAUAGUGAGAGAGAAUGUGUUGUCUGCCACUAUGAUUUGCAUCUCUCUGCUGCUGGAUGUCCAUGUUCUCCAGACAAGUUUGCAUGUCUGAUCCAUGCAAGGCAGCUGUGCUCAUGUGCUUGGAGCACAAGGUUCUUUCUGUUCCGCUAUGAAAUCAGUGAACUCAACACUCUACUCGAUGCUUUGGGAGGGAAGUUGAGUUCAGUUCAUAAGUGGGGGCUCUCAGAUCUUGGGUUGAGUUUGAGUUCUUAUCUCUCAAAAGACAAAGCACGAGAAUCCAAACCCAUGCAUAAAGCUAAUGAUAAAGAAACUAAAGAACAGGGGCUGCUAAAUCAGAGUUGUUCUAAUGAUGAUGCAAGGACCGAAGUACCAAAGGAAGGAGAAAAGAUAGCGCUUGACAAAGUUGAUUCAAUACAUACAGUUGUGGAUCACUCAUUAACCAAACCCACAAUCCUAUCGGUUUCUAAGGAUCUAUGUCCAACAGAGAGGUGCUUAACUGAGGAUCAAAACAUACAUUCUGGAGAAGGAUACAGAAGAUCAAAUUCAAGAUCAUCUGACUAUUCAGGACAGAUACAUUCUUCCAAUGGUACAGUAAGCACCAAUCUGAUGCAGAAUAAUUAUAGUGAAGCAGCCAAUGUAAAACAAUUUAGCAGCUCAAAUAUGACAUUAUUGAAGCCAGGAGAAAAAACAUCUUCUGGUGAUGCAAAUGUUAUAUCAAGGGAUGGUGAACAUAAAGAAGCAUGCAAGUUGUCAAGUAAACCAAUGGUGGAUCUCUCUGUAGGAAACUUGAAAACUUUUGCCAGGCUGUCAAACUGUGAUGAUAAAGUGACUUCCUGCAAUUUUCACAAGGAUCAGGUUCUUGUAGCACCGGAUACAUAUGCAUCCAUUAUUAAUGACAAAGAUGUCAAUUUGCUACCUGUUCUGGAAGAGUCUAUUAAUUUCUCAAAUUCAGCAUCUGUUCAGGUGAAAGACCAGGAAGAAGGAACAUGCAGAAAGGAUUUCUCAAGUUUACCAAAUCAACAAGCUUUGAGAUCCUUCACUCAAAAUAGACUUGAAUGUGCAAUGUCUACCACUGGGCCCAUUGCAAUAGCAAUUUCAGAUUUUCUAGCUGUAAAAGAAGUAUGUGGUAGUAGUUCUACAGAUAUUGGUAAUCAUCUUCAGCAUCCUGAGAUUUCUGGAAAUAAAAACCAAAUGAUGAAAGCAAAGCAAGGAAACCUGAAUCAAAUUCUCAUCUGAAUGAUGGAUAGAGGAAAACCAGUUACAAGCCCAUCCUGUUCAUUAAAUAGUGUUGAUAGAUGCAGCAGUCUUCAGAGUGGCCCUCGCAUGGCUAAAGUGGUGCAGAGAAUUAAUUGCACUGUCGAGCCUUUAGACUAUGGUGUUGUGUUCUGUGGAAAAUUAUGGUCUACCAGUCAGGCCAUAUUUCCAAAAGGAUACAGAAGUCGAGUUAGAUACAUAAGCAUUCUAGAUCCAACAGAAAUGUGCUACUACAUAUCCAAAAUUCUAGAUGCUGGACUGCUUGGACCUCUAUUUAUGGUUGCGGUAGAGCAUCAUCCAAGUGAAGUAUUUAUUCACAUGUCUGCCACCAGAUGCUGGGACAUGGUGAGAGAGAGGGUGAACCUGGAAAUUAUGAAGCAGCACAAGAUGGGAAGGAUCAACCUUCCAUGUUUGCAGCCCCAAGAAUCUGUUGAUGGCCUCGAAAUGUUUGGUUUAUCAUCACCAGCAGUUGUGCAGGUCAUGGAGGCACUUGAUCCAAGUCAUGUUUGUACAGAGUACUGGAGAUCCAGGCCCCAAGCUCAGGCCCCAUCCCUUCCAGCUACCUCGAUCAAAGACAAUGGGUCAAGUCUUAUGAAGGACCAAGGCAGUGAAGAAGGGCCGUUGCCUGUUGGCUCCGUUGUGACACUUGGGAUUAGGAGCCUUUUCAAGAAGGCCAACCCAGAGGAGCUGCAUGCUUUGCAGAGCAUACUUGGCCAUGAUGCGCCCAGCAACUCUAAGCAUCAAGUCAUCCAGCUUCUAGAUGAGGAGUUGGAGAGCAGGAAUUCUAAGUAGAAGAUAUUUCAGUCGCUGUUGCCAUGAGUUAUACCAGGAGUCUAACAGCCAACUACCGGAGUCUCUGCUGUGUCAUUAUGCAGGCACGAAUUGGUUUUGAGCUGAAAGUAUAUAUGAACAUUUUCGUUAUCCUUCUUUUUAACCUGUAGAUCGGUCACACAUACAGAACUUGCAGAGUGUAGGCAAAAGCAUUGUAUCUAUAAUUCGCCCAUUCAUUCUAAUAAGAUCCCAUUAGCUUUCUUUGACAUGUU